ACAUACUACCCUUAAACGAAAUGACAGUUCCUACGACCUUUGAUGAAGCCAGGCUUCAUCUACAGCAGAUUCAGCGUGACCCCACAACUCAGCUGGAUGCUACCAUCAUAGAUAAGCUGAAGUUGGAGCUUACGGAGGAUACGGACCGCAAUGUCCCCGCCACCCUACUGCUACAGAUCUCCCAACUCCUGCCAGUCCUUCAAGAAGACCCAACUCCCCUCACGAGUCUCGCAAUCAAAGCCUCGGCUUACCUUACGUUCAGGGACCUGCGCGCCGUUGAUCCUCCCAUCAAUUUCAUUGCGGGGAUCAAAGCGCCGUCCCCGCCGGUCAAUCUAUUGGCCUUGUCAUUGCUGAGCAAAGCGGGACAUAUCCCGAGCGACGCUGCUAUUGUCGCCGGGGACUCCGAGCUCGUCGCAUCGCUGGUAGAGCUGUGGCUGUCGACUUCCUCGACAGCUGUUGCGCAGGCGGCGUUAGAUACCAUCUGGGCGCUGUUGGAGAUCGAUCUUGCUAGUCCUCUUGAGCUUGGCGAGCAUGAGACUGACGGAACUACUGCUGGCCAAGGACUGUUCUGGAGAAGGAUAUUCACUGACAAGGAAGUCUAUGGACUUUUGUUCUCUGUGUGCAAUCUCGAGGAGAAUGGCGCGGGGGGCAUCUCGAAGCGAGACAAGACAGUGGCCCAAGGGAGGCUGAUGGGCUUUCUCGUGAAGGCAGGCCAACUGCGCUGGGAUAUCAUCUCAACUUCGCAGGUUCCAGAUGUGGAGAAGAAGUACCGGAGUGACAGUCUUCUUCAUUUUGCCGCUUGCCGCAUGGUGGACAGAAGCGAUGUGUUGAUGCACAUGACUCUAAUCAACUUCUUCCAUGAUUUACUAGAAAUCGACGCUCCCGGUCUCAUGGCGCGAACAACUGUACAGUCAGCGUCUACCUUCUCUUCUCCAGCUCUUGACUUCCUCAUACUGAACGACAUACACUCUAAUCUGUUGGAGUUUUACUUGGAUGAGUCAAAGCUGGACUCUAUUGAUCUAGCCUAUCUCUGCGGCCCAAUCAUGUCGUACGUUGCACAGUACGCCGAACUAUAUCCAAACCACCUUCUGCAGAACCCCCGCCAUCUGUUGGACCGUAUUAUACAUCGUGUCGCUGCAUCUGUUGCAAUCUCAUCCGCUCAGUGGGCGCAUGGCCCCGUUCCCAGCGGUCAACUGAAUGUGCUUUCCUGCUUGCCGAGAGUUUUGCUCGUCGAAGCUAGUAAGCAUGGCCUGAACGCCGUCUUAUCCGUGCCCAGCAGUCCGCCAAACAAAGAAGCCCUCGAUGUUCUUGCCAAGAUCUUACACGGCCCGCUGAAGCCUAAUCUGCCCGACGCGAUGGAGCUGAACACAUCCGGCCAAACACCUACCGACUGGUACAAAGAGGCAGCGGCUGCCCGGGUUCUCUACUUUCAGUACACAAACCAGCACACCGAGUUCUGGACCGAUGUCGUCGCGACCGCUGACAUCCUCGCCAUGAAGGACGUCUCUUUGGCAGCUAUGUCCCUCAUGAAGGCAAUUAUCACUGCUAAUUGGCAAGUCUUGCCGCGUGAAGUCCCGACAUCUGCCCCUGGCAACACUCGGUAUCAGCUCCCUACCGAACAAAGCUUGGAAAGUCUAUCCCCGGCCGCGCAAGGAGUCCUUCCGUCCAGCGGUGCCUGGGCCGCUCUGACACCACCGGCUCUAACCAUUCUCUUGCCCUACCUAUUCAAACCUCCGCGUUCGUACGCUGAAUUCGUCGGGGGCGGGGCCGCAGACCCGCAGAAUGCAGUAUGGAAAGUGGCAACCGCAAAGCACGAGGUGCUGGUUGCCUUGUAUGACUGCUUGAAAGAGAAUGGUGGCCAGAUGGCUGGGUUCGAAGAUAUUAUGCGUACACUCCGCCAACGUGUCAAUGAGGGACCAUGGGGCCCAGUGACUCAGUCUGGCAACCAAGUUGCGACUGUCGGUUUGUGAUAUGAGCUUUUCCUUCGGUUUCAGCAAGAAUCAAUUUUAGCAGUCCAGCGUUCAAGAAAAUUCAAUGUACAGA